AUGUCUUCUAGCCGUCCCAAAACAGCGACGGGUAGGUGGAACUGGUCACGCUUUGCGGGAGCACAUGGAACAAAUAGCGAGUAUACAUCGAGUGAAGAUGGUGACCCACUGCCGAACAUGAAGCAUCCGCUAGUUCCAGCAGAGGAGGAACAACUUCCAAGAAAGCCAUCCAUUGUUGACCACACGAGUGGUGACCGGCGACCUUCAGGUGAACAGAGCUGUCCGAGAAAGACAGUUACGAUUCAUGAUGAUCCGACAUCAGAUGAGCAACAGCCGUCUGAUCCAGCCAGAGAUGGCUCAGCACAGAGAUCUCUAGGCACCCGAGCAAUUGCAUCAGAAUCAUUAGAGCAUUCCCUCGAUGAGACCAACCAGGAACCUGCCCGAAGGGACAGCAGGUUUCUCGAGUUGACUGAUGAACGUCAGACGAUACCUACUAUAAGUCUGGAGCUGAUCACAGACCCCACGAAAGCGACACAGGAACCGGAUCGUCCAGAGGUCCCUCCAAUGGUACCGGUCAUCAAGAUUCAGAGGCCGAGCAGAGAGCCGUCCGGAGAUGCAAUAGAGGCUUCUCCCAAUGACCUGUGCACAUGUCCAUCAAGCGACGUGCCUGACACGUAUGUCACAGACAUCAAUGCUCCAGCGUCUGAUCAAGUGCGCAGCGACGUCGCGCAGGCAUUGGAGAUCGCGGAGGAACAUGAUACCGAGCUCGUCGCCGUAAUGCCUAAGUCGACAAAUACUGGAACUAAUCUGAGUAUGAAGCCUGUUAGGAUCAAAAAGCACAAGAUGGCCUUGCGCAAAUCUCGAAAUGCGAUUGCUAGGAAGACAUUCCUCAAAGCCGGCUUAGGCAGACAAUUAGCAAUGCCGACAAAAGACGCACUGAGACGAUUGGCUAGAGGCGAAGACGUAACCAUCGCUGACAUCAAAGUCAUCGGUUGA